GGUAGGCAAGGCAAGAAAAAUCAAUUUUUAAAUUAUAUCUUACCAGCUUAGCUGAAAUGGCUAAGAACAAGUGCAUAGUUUUGCUCGGUUACGAAGAUGAUACAAUACUCGAUAAGGACAAAACGCAUCUCAAUCAUACUAUCAACAAAGUCGGUGGAAUUCCGAAUUGGCCUUCAUCGGAAAUUGCUAUCGCACCGUGUCCACUAUGCGGUCAAAAUCGCCCAUUAAUAGUGCAGAUAUAUGCUCCAUUGGAAAACUCACAAUUUCAUCGAACUUUGUAUAUUUUCGCAUGUUUGAACGCACCUUGUUCAACACAAUCUCGCUGCUGGGUAUGCGUUAGAACCCAGGUACUGGAGAAGAGCCCGAUUGAGAAUGAAAGUGAUAUGACUACGGGACAGUUUGUGAAACCAACGCAAACCAACAUUUCCUGGUGCAGUGGAGCUGAUGAUUGGGACGAGGCGGACUUCGAUACAGCAUCAGUCGGAAACAGUUUUAUGCGUGUUGAUACCGUUCACGUUCCGGAUAUUACCAAUGAAGAGAACGGAAAUAUCAUUCAAUAUGAAAGAGGCAAAACUUCUGAUGAAGACGACGAGAGUAAUUCUCUAGAGAACGACCCGGUACCCGGUUUCGAAAAUUUGCGGGUAGACGAACGGAACGCCAACGGCGCUGGUGCCAAGGGUGGAAUAAUUGAUAACUUAUACAUGACUAAGGUAACGGCAGAAAUUGAAAAAUUCGAGGAUGAUGUAGUUGUAGUGGAAACACCGGUUUCUCCCAAAAGAGAUUUGAUAGCCCUUCUAAAUCAACCUCAAAUUAUUCCACGGGAUAUUGUGGAUCUAACACUAAAAAGUUUUUAUAUUAAUGUGGAUGAAGAACGUUCUUCAUCUCCGAAUAUUUCGGAUCAUGUGCGACAACUGUUACAAGAGUAUCAGAAACACGAGGAAGUGAAAACUAGUCCAGAUAGCCCAAUCGGUCACGGGGUUGCUAGUGGUGGGCAUCCGGUACCCAUGGAGCAGGAACUCUAUGAAAAGGGCGUUCCCAUGCAUGGAGAUCUCAUGUUUCAUAACUUCAUGACCACAUUGCAAAUGAACCCCGGACAGAUUUUACGCUAUUCACGAAACGCGGCACCACUGCUAAUAGCCCCAUUGAAAGAGCUUCUUGCACCGGUAUGCCAAUAUUGCGGUAGUGAGCUGAUCUGUGAAAUUCAAAUUCUUCCGACGAUAAUUGAAAAGCUAAAACUAGAAGCCAGCGGGGAAUGUGUGCCAAUCGAUUUUGGUAAUGUACUUGUAUGGACUUGCAUUACAAGCUGCUGGGAUACGCCAGACCGAAUGAGAUCCGAAAUAGUUAUUGUUCAGCAGGAAUCCUGAACGCCUAAAAAUAAUACCCUAAGUGAUGGUGCAAGUUAUCUUGUUUCGUAGAAUGUAGUGUUUUAAUGAAUUAUGUCUUUAAAGGCAUGUUUUACCUAUCUACGACAGAGUUAGCUUAAGCCAAAAAGUAGCUUAUCAAUCGGUCAAUUCAAUGAGUUACCUAUCGCCAUCCAACAAAACUUGCGUGAUAACUGAAUGUCAAAACGUAAAAUAUAUAUCGUAAAAUGUCUAUCAUUUAGCAUUUAGCGGAAAUGAAUGCAACUCCAAAGAGAAAUCUAUGAACUGAUAACGAUUUUAAAGACAACCAGAUUUUGACGCUGCUUAAUAUUUUUACAGACAGUAAAAUAGUAAUUAUCCAUGCGUCUUCCUGGGAUACCUUGAGGACUAAUCCAAUCGUGGUCCGAAAUCACAACAGCGGAUAAAUAUAUUCUCACUAAAUCUACAGCUAAACUCAUUCCGAAUACAGUAAUGAUUAAAAAUCUUCAAACAUCAAAACGUUGCAUUAAAAAAAUGUAGUUUGAAAUGUUGUUGAAGUUAGUUUCACUCUUUGAAUCUAGCAAUUUUA